AUGUGUCUAUAUAACAAUACACAAGGUAUAAAAAUUACAUUUGAAGAACAAUGGGAGGCAGUAACUGGUAUUAUCAAUUUUUUGGACCCUGAUGCUAAAGGAGUGAUAACGUUUGAUGAUUUUUGUGAAGGUGUACAACAAAUACAAGAUUUACAAGCACAAGUUCAUACAUCAUUAAAUGGUAAUUGUUCAUUACGGAGAGGAUGUAGUGAAGAUACACUAGUACCAACAGAUAACAUCUCUAAUAUUUCACCUAUAUCACCUCAUAAAUGUGAAUGUAUGGAAGAAAAGAUACUGAAACAUUUGUCUCUUUUUUCAUGGAAGGAAGUGUGUUUGUUACAAAUGCUAAAUCAAAUAACUUCAAUUCUGUGA